AUGACUGUAACACAACGGUAUCAGCACCAAGAUAUCUCGGCUACAAAUGUCGCUGUCGCUGCUCAAGCGAUUGCACUUUCUGGGGAGCGCCAUCCCGAAAUAUUCACAUUGGGACCGGAGACAAGUGAAUCGGGGUCUUGCACUGAUGGUAUGACAUUCGGAGAACCUCAAAACAACAGUGUAGUAGGGAUGGCAAGCCUGCUUUCACGAUUCGCUAUCGGCGUAGUUGCAGCAGCGGCAGAAACGAACCCGAAAGCGAUCGUCUCCGGGCAUGCGCCAACACAAGAAGUCAGGAUUCAGCUGCAUAGUCCAGUGCUAUUCAGUCUAAUCCUCGUAUCCAUUGGCCUGGCCCAAUCGUGUUUGUUCGUUGUUGCGGUAAAGUUUGGUAGCAGGCUUGAGAUUCCUGUGGUCGCGAUCUCUCAGCUGGGUGAAAUCCGGAAACAAUUUGUCGCUGAGCCUGCAACCUCUUGA